GCGUCGUUGCUAAGUUGAUAGGUGGAAAAACAGGACGUCAUUACGUACAGCGGGACGUCUAGGAGAAGAUAAACAAAAAGGAAGGAAGCCUUCGGCCAUACAAUCGCGGCAAAAAGCGGUUCAAAAAUUUAGCUUCCAGGCUACAGUUAGCAACUACAUGUGCCCCUUUAUUGCUUAGAUAGUCAACAUUAGGCGUUCACAAUCAUGGACGACGCAAUAGUGUUUCGCAUGAGCGCAUUUUCCGAGCAAGGGGGGAGAAAAUACAUGGAGGAUGUUGUCGAGAUAAGAAUCGAGUACGAGCCGACGCCGUCGCCAGUGGAAGAUUAUCCAAAGUCGCAGAGACAUGGAGGACAGGGGAAAGCCGAGAGUGAAGCUACCAAACAGACUGAAAAUGAGACACACGAGCAGGACGUCGCUGCCGAGUCCGGUCCGGUUUCUGCAAUGUGGGUAGAGAACCUGUCUAACGAGGACAGUGCCGACAACAGUGCACCGGCAUCAGACGAAAAAGUCGCAGAGCACGUAGUCGACACUCGGAAAUCUGUGGCGUUUUUCGCCGUGUUUGACGGCCACGGGGGGCGAGAAGCGGCACACUUCGCCAGAGAGAAUCUGUGGGAUUUGUUGAAGAGGCAGCGGGGGUUUUGGUCGACGGAUCACAGUGAAGUGUGUGCCGCUCUUCGGAAGGGCUUCAUCGCCUGUCACCAUGCAAUGUGGAAAGAGCUACCGGAGUGGCCAAAGACUAUUACUGGCCUGCCCAGUACAUCAGGCACCACGGCCAGCGUGAUUGUGAUCCGCGGAGUUCACAUGUAUGUUGCCCAUGUGGGCGAUUCAGCAGUAGUGGUUGGAGUGAAAGAAAAUGACUCUGAUAUCACGCUCCAGGCACUUGAAGUAACACAAGACCAUAAACCUGAACUUCCUAAAGAAAAAGAAAGGAUUGAACGACUGGGUGGCAGUGUAAUGAAGAAAUCUGGGGUUAACCGUGUCGUGUGGAAGAGGCCCAGACUGACCCAUAACGGCCCUGUGAGGAGGAGUACAGUCAUUGACCAGAUCCCCUUCCUGGCUGUGGCCCGAUCCCUCGGCGAUCUGUGGAGCUAUGACUUCUACAGUGGGGAGUUUGUGGUUUCUCCAGAGCCUGAUACCACUGUGAUGACCCUUGACCCCAAACGCCAUCGCUACAUCAUCCUCGGCAGUGAUGGACUAUGGAAUAUGAUGCCACCCAAGAAUGCUGUCAAUAUGUGUUAUAGCCACGACAAAAUGGUGGGACCAAAAGGAAUGUCUUGCGCUCGCCGGCUGGGAUGCACAGCGCUGCUGUUUUGGAAAGAACGUAUGCUGCGUGCAGACAACACCACGGUUAUCGUCCUGGCCCUACAGGAGCGCGGAGGCCCUCCUAUCCCUAUGCAUCGAGAUGAGAUUGUUGUCGACAUGGCUACAGGAAUUGACCAUGUUCCAUACCCAGGAACUACUUACAACACAUGUGAGGUCCCAAAGGCGGAGCAUGAGGAUGACAUGUUUUUUGAAGAAGAUGAGAUAUAUGGAGAAGAACAUGAGGGAUGGCCAUGCCUGGAGUGGUAGUGAGCGGAGCGAUGCAGUGAAUGCUCCCUCCCUAAAAGACAGUUCUACAACUCUGGAGCAGGCAUUUGGGCUGUAUGAAGCAGCUUUCUGUGCCACCGCACAACUCUUACCUGACGCUGACUCUGUGAGGGCCACGCUGGCCCCCUCAGAUGGUUCUGCGAAUGUUUUCGAAAAGCAAGACUCGACAACCCAAAUGGACUGUGCCGCUUCUGCUCCACCGUUAAAAAGGUCUCGCCGCUCUCUGCAUCCCCCCCCUGAACUAAGAGGUCCUCCUCACCGCCGGCUCGGCCGGUCCUCCACCAAAACCUUCCCCCAGGAGACGCCCCAUAGAAAUGUACAAAGUGAACAAACCCAAGGAACUCGUGCGCAAAAGGGAGAAAGAAGCUCCUCCGAGGAACGCAGUAUCCUGACACAGCGCCACAACUCUGCCUUGUGUGUGUGCUGAAUCUCAUAGAAACAGUGUUUUUGCCCUGCGACUAGAAGGAUGAUCUGCAUCGUUUGCUCAUGUAUCAGGUGUGCCACAGGCCUAUUCCUAGAUGUAUACUUUUUAUACAAAGUCUUUGUUUUUGUAAAUAUGUGAGGAAUUUGAGAUUGUAAAUGUGUUGCUGUUUUGACCUUUUCCUCUUCUUCCUGCCCCCUUCCUAAAUUUUAGUGUGACUUUAAAUUUUAGUCCUAUUCAGUCUGCACAAUCUAUUUUCAUACUCAUAAGUAUGUAUAGUAUUUCCAAAAGACGUAUUUUAAAGAAGAUGGAUCACUACAAUCUGAGGUAACAUCAGUACACCACAUCUUCCGGUUUAGAUAUUUUGACUACUUGGAUGCUUUAACAUGCCAGUCUUUCCUUGAUGUGGGUUAAUUCCUCAGACCAGUUGUUUGGAAUCUUUCCUCUUAGAUCAGGGGUGCCCAAGCCUUUUCCCUCAAAAGGCCCAAACUGCAACUUUAUGGUAGACCACAGAUUGUCCUUAUGGCAGGCCAACUUUGGCCCCCUAGCCCCACUUUGGCCAACCCAGUCUUAGAUUAAGUAAUAGUGGUAAUAAAAGGGUGCAAAAUAAUGGAAGAAAUUUGACAAGCAAUGGUCUGAGGUAAUUAUUAUUGAUUUUAAAGCUCCAGUGUGUAAUAUUUAGGAGGCUCUAUCUAGAAUAUAAUAUUCAUAGUUUCAUUAGUGUAUAAUCAACUGAAAACAAGAAUGUUUUUUUGUUUUUUUAAAUUAGAAUGAGUAAUUUUUAUCCACAGCCAUGUUGAACCACCAUGUUGACAUGCUCAAAACAGAAGCUGGGAAGGGGAGGGUGAAGCGAGGGAGUUGCAAUCUGCAACUACAUGGCUAGAUGCCACUAAAUCCUACACACUGGACCUUUCAGUCUCUGUUAUUUGUGUUGUGUUUUUAACAGUGGCUAAUUAUGAACUGUCAGCUAAUUGGUGUAUGAUAUGCAUAACUUUUUGAAGAGGUAUUGAAGUGUCAAUUCACCCAAAUUUAAAAAAAAAAAAAAACGUGAAACACUUACCCUAGUAUCUAUCCAUGUAGAUACUGUAGAUAUGUGUAUUUUAGUGAACUGACCCUUUGGUGGUACUUUUUCUUUGCUGGAGAGUCCAUUCCAAGCAUCUCCAUGUUUGAUUUGGCCAAUUAAAUUACAGUUGUGUUGGUCUGUCUAGCAAUGCAUUUGUUUAAAUGGUACAGUCAGAACAGUACAGGUUGUUGGGUAAUGGUACUGCAUGUUUAUGUAAGAGCAAUACCCGUGCCUCACUGGAAGGUGGUUUGGGGUCUGCCUCGGCCUUGAUUUUUUAUUUGUAUAACGUCCAGUUCAGUUUAAGUGUCCACUAGGCACUAACGCUAUUUCAAUAGGUCUUCCUCUUUGUUCUCAUAUAUUGUACCCUUGUGUAUGGUAUGCAUCCAUAACUUGUGUGUUUUUUGUUUUGUUUUUUAUAUUGUUUUCUUUACCCUUUUAUUGGAUAGGACAGCUAAAGAUAGACGGGAAAGGGGUUAGAGAGAGGGGGGACGACACAUAGCAAACGGCCACAGGUCUGCUUCACUGCAGCAAGGACUCAGCCUUUGUACACGGGGUGCCAUUUCUACCAGAUGAGCUACCCAGGCGCCCCUACAACUUGUGUUUUAAUCUGCACAUAAAACACCUUUUAUAAUAUGUAUUUCGAAUACGGGAAGCGCCUGAUUCAUAGACUAUAGUAAGUUCUAACUUGUGUUAAUAUGGCAGCUCGGUUACUGUUCUAGCUGAUUCGUUUGCCUUCUUUUUACAUAAGUGUCAUGUUUGCCUUAGCACAAACUGAGUCAGAGGUGCUUUUCACAUGUUUUAAUAUUUGGGACUCAAGCAGUGAGGUGAGAAUCUCUCAAAUAUGUCAAUGUAGUAUGGCUGUGCCCCAGCUUCAGUUAUUUAUCAUGCACCUUCAGUUCCACAUUGGUGUCAUUUUACCGUUCACACUGCAGCAUACUAAACCUGCUCCUAAACCUGGUUGAUGUUUUUCAGUUAUAUUACAGAGCAGUUUGUUGGUUUUGUACAGUGCGUCAAUAUGCAAUAGAAGUUUGUACAGUACAUUAUUAUGCAAAGUAAUUGGGUUUUUCAGGAGUCUGGCAUGCUCAGAUCUAUUCUGUAUGUUGUGAAGUGUCCAGAGGUAAUGGAUGUUGAUGGGCAUGUGGUUUGUUUUUGACAGUUACAAUACUUGGGUCUGGCUUCAUAUCCACUGCAGCCAGCUUUCAGGACUAACUGUAGGCUUUGAAAGUGACUGGAUAUACAAUGUUUGUGUGUUGUAAUAAAGUUCUGAUUUUCCAAUUGG